CCACUCUGUCUGAACACUUUCAACUUCUGACACUUUGUAAUCUGGAUGAGUUCAGACCCUGAAGGAUUUACACAGUGUUGUAUUCCACAGCAAGAGAAUAAUAUCAUCACUCGGCAUUUGGAUCUAGAGCUAAGCCAGCCGCCGCCUCGGCUCCCGGUGGGCCCCAGUCACAAGCUGGCCGGGAACUAUUACUGCAGCCGAGAUGGACGGCGGGAGGCUCUGCCGCCCAUCGUGGUGGUGGCAGGGCAGAAGACACUGGCUGUGGGGACACAGGUUGGUGGUUCAGGCUCUGCAGUGACAAUAGCUGAGAAGAAACCGGUGACACCCGGACCAGCACUGAAGAAGUGGGAGAUUUCAAAAGACCAGCCGUAUUUGUGAGAAAUAAAAGUGGUGGGGCUGGGUGCGCAGGUCACAGUCCGUUACGCGGUGGCGCUCUAAUGGGGAGGCUUCUGGUGCAUUUCGGAACAGCAGUGCUGCAUGGACCUUGUCCCAUUGCUGUGGUGCACGUCUAAUAAAUAUAUUUAAAGUUGUGAA